AUGAAAGCACCCACUCACAGGUGCCUACUAUCAAGUUUAAUAGAGAGUAAUGAAAAGACUACUCGUUAAGCCAAGACACAUGAGUCAUUCGAGAGACUGAAGUAUUCUUAGCCACAAACUGCAACUCCCAAAACCUAAAUGACUAACAGGAAAAGCAAAUAGAUGAGUUUAGUGCAAGUUCAGCAACUAAUUUAGUAACCUCUUCUGCGAAAGAAUCACACAGCAUUGUCUGAGGUGCCUCAUACUUGGAACACGAGCAGAAGCAUAGAGAAGACAGUGGAUUUGCUUGCUAUGCCUUAACAUAAACGUGUCAAGUGGCUUGAAAAAUAAAAAUCUUUGCUUGCUUAACAACAACCAGUAACCGAGCGUGUUUAAACAAGUCGUAUUAAACAGAUGGCAACAGCUACGAAUUAUAAUAACUUUCUAAAGAAAUUCAAUGGGGAAUAGAUGAUGCUAAUAGAUAAAACUAAGACAGCAGCAGUGCCAAUUUAGAAGGUACAAAAUGAAACUUAAGAAAAUAAAGAGAGGUAGUUUGUUUUUAAGCAACCGUUGCGUAUAGUAAAGGGAAUGAGUGAACACAUGCUUAGAAUGAAGAGUAUUAGUAGACAACAUGAAUCAAUACGAUCUCCUCCAAGAAAACUUUCGAACCCUCGUUACGAAUUAACUAAUGCGAAUAGAGUUCGCUUUUCUAAAUAUUAUCAAGAUGAUAGUUUGAAGGUGUUGAAAUCUCAGAAACGAGACCCGAAUUUAAUAUUUAAGGAGUUGCAUAUAGAAGAUAUCCAAUAUACUGAUUUGGACAGAGCAUAGAAUCAUCCCAUAAAUAUUGCCUUAUUCAAUAUGUUAAAAGAUGAGGAAAUCAUUCUAAAGUAAUAGUAACUUGAGGAGGCAGAAAAAUACACUGCUCAAGAAUUGAUAAAAUAGAGAUAGGAAAUUGAAAGAUUUGAUGAACUCACUCGUUAAGAGUAUCAUCGGAAAUGCUACGUAGAUUUCAAAUCCAAAGCUAUUAAUUCCAAAUAUCAAUACAAAUAAGUCCAUUUAGAUUAGUCCUUAUUAGAAGUAUUUCCAAAAACUGAGAUUGCAAACCCAGAACAAUAAAAAAGAUUGAGAAGACAAAAAAUAUUGAACAUGAUAAAGAUGCUCUUGUUCAGAUUACAUGAUCUGCAUCUCAACCUUGAAGAUCUCAUUAAUCAUAGAGUGUACCCUCUCACAGCAUAUAGUCACGAACGAGCCAAAUUGUUCUUUGAUUUAGUAAAAUCCAACAAGCUUGAACUAACACAUAGGGAGUUGCAAGAGAACAGGUAUUUGGUGUAUGAAUUUGAUUCAUCCAAAUUGACUCCUCUUCAUCAUGCAGUCAUUCGUAAUCAUGUUGAGAUGGUUGAAUUGCUUUUGGAAUACCAUGCUGAUGUGAAUCGGAGAGAUAUUCUUGGAAGAACUCCACUCUUCUUUGGGAUCCGCUCUGGUAACAAUGAUUGCGUAUAGCAACUGCUGUAUCAUUAAGCAAUUCCUUGGUCUAACAAGAAGAAUCAAUACGACCUUUAUUUGGACAUGCUCAACGACAAAGUGAGAGAUCAGUACCGUAAGGCUAAAAAUUACCAUCUCUAAAUGCAAAUGAUGCCUCAUACGAAAAGAGCUGCCUUCUGGAUGGAGAGAAGAUAUUAUUUUACUUAAUGA